AAGUUACGCAGCCGGGAUCAGGCACGGAGAUAAAAGCUCCGAUUGUGAUUGAAAGUGAGAGCAAAAGGGAUUUCAGCCUCGGCAUUAACUUGCGAGGGGAGCCGGGAUUGCACAAAGCUCCCCCGGCCAUCUGCCCUUGGGGGCCGGCGGCGCAGCGCUGCCCGCCGCGCUGGGCAGGGCUGGGCUGGGCAGGGCAGGGCAGGGCUGGGGGGUGUGUUUUGGGGGUUCCCCCGGCCCCCGAAGUUCGCUGCUCCGCCGGGAGCCCCGCGCCGCAGAGCUCCCUCCCGGUCCCUCCUGCUGAUGAGCUCUGCCUUUGCCCUGACCAUGAAAGAGAGAGGAGAUCCCAGGUAGCCCCAUGGAUUGCAGCUGAAGGCUUUGGGAACUUGGUGCUCUGUUGCCAAAAGGCAGAAUUGGACAGGAAUCCUCACCACCACCGCAGGACACAGCGGGAGAAGCCAAAGCCAGCCCGGCCCCAGUCACCCCAGUGACCACCCAGCAGCUGCUGGGACCACCACGGAUCUGGGCACAGACCUGCUCACACUGACACAACCAUCCUUUGGGAAAAAGGAAUUUCAGCUCCAAGCUCCAAGCAGUCUCUCUUGUCAGAGUUGUACUGAUGGCCAGAUGCUCUAUUUAUUUCAUGUGCUAAUGUUCUAACACCCCAGUAAUUAAGGCAGACACAGUUUAAGGCACUGUCCACAGCGACGCAGUUGGAGCAGACCAGAAGGCUGAGGAAAACCUGAUCCAGCACCAUCUCACGGCCUCUCCAAUUUACGCCUAUCAAAUUUCAUCAGCAACUCAGAACUUGAUCUUUGUAUUGAUUGACUGGAGUCACCUCUAGAUAUUUUCAUGCUGAUUUGGAAGACCUUUCGUACAAUAAAAGGGGGAAAAAAUGAGGUUAAGGAAGACUUUUGACCACUGAUCAGCAACUCUGGCCAAAACUUUCCCAAUCAAGUGAAUUGCAAAGCUGGCUUCUGUGCCAAAAGGAACUUUCCACAUCCAGAUACAGCGUGCAGAGUGGGAUCAUCCCUGUUCCUGUGUGGAUCUCCUUCGAGUGGAGCAUUUUUAGAUGAGGAGUUUCCAUGCUGAUCCCGAGAGCCACCCCUAGCCCAGCCGCCGCCUUCCUCGGGACUCCCGGCACUGCCCUCGCCCAGGGACCCCGCGCCUGGCCGCAGCUGCCAUGCUCUACCUGGCUGCUCUCCUCGUGCACUGCGUGCCCCUGGCCAUGGGACAGUAUGACAUUUGCAAGUCCUGGGUGACCACGGACGAUGGCCCUUCAUGGGAGUUUUAUGCGUGCCAGCCCAAGGCCAUGAGGAUGAAGGAUUACGUGACCGUGCGGGUGGACCCGGCAGGAAUCACUUGUGGGGACCCUCCGGAGAGGUUCUGCACCCAUGAGAACCCGUACCUGUGCAGCGACGAGUGUGACGCCUCCAACCCCGACCUGGCGCACCCGCCCAAGCUGAUGUUUGACAGCGAGGACGAGGGCCUGGCCACCUACUGGCAGAGCGUGACCUGGCGCCGGUACCCAGAGCCGCUGCUGGCCAACAUCACCCUGUCCUGGAACAAGAGCAUCGAGCUCACCGACGACAUAGUCAUCACCUUCGAGUACGGGCGCCCCACCAUCAUGAUGCUGGAGAAGUCUCUGGACAACGGGAGGACUUGGCACCCGUACCAGUAUUAUGCAGAUGACUGCAUGGAGGCCUUCAGCAUGCCAGCAAGGAGGGUCAGGGACCUCUCCACCACCAGUGCCAACAGGGUCCUCUGCACCGAGGAGUAUUCCCGCUGGGCGGGCUCCAAGAAGGAGAAGACCGUCCGGUUUGAGGUGCGGGAUCGCUUCGCCAUCUUCGCCGGCCCCGACCUCAAGAACAUGGACAACCUGUACACGCGUCUGGAGAGCGCCAAAGGGCUCAAGGACUUCUUCACCGUCACCGACCUGCGCAUGAGGCUGCUGAGGCCCGCCCUGGGUGGCACCUACGUGCAGAGGGAGAACCUGUACAAGUAUUUCUACGCCGUCUCCAACAUCGAAGUCACCGGCAGGUGUAAAUGCAACCUCCACGCCAACCUGUGCACCUUCAAAGAGGGCAGCCUGCAGUGUGAGUGUGAGCACAACACCACGGGCCAGGACUGUGGCAAGUGCAAGAAGAACUUUCGCUCCAGGUCCUGGCGAGCAGGCUCCUACCUGCCUCUCCCCAACGGGUCUCCCAAUGCAUGUGCAGCUGCAGGCUCAGCCUUUGGCAACUGCGAGUGCUACGGCCACUCCAACCGCUGCAGCUACAUCGACUUCCUGAACGUGGUGACCUGCGUGAGCUGCAAGCACAACACGCGGGGCCAGCACUGCCAGCACUGCCGCCUGGGCUUCUACCGCAACAGCUCUGCCGAGCUGGACGACGAGAAUGUCUGCAUAGAAUGUAACUGCAACCAGAUCGGCUCCAUGCACGACCGCUGCAACGAGACCGGCUACUGUGAGUGCAGGGAAGGCGCCACGGGGCCCAAGUGUGACGACUGCCUGCCCAACUACUACUGGAGACAGGGCUGCUUCCCCAAUGUGUGCGAUGACGAGCUCCUGCUCUGCCAGAACGGCGGCACCUGCUACCAGAACCAGCGCUGCAUCUGCCCCGUGGGCUUCAAGGGCGUGCUGUGCCAGCAGUCCCGGUGCGAGGUGGACAAGAAGGACUGUGACGGUGCUCCCGGUGCCCGCGGCAGCCUGGCCGCCCUGGCGCUGGCGAUGCUCGCCCUGCAGCUGCCAGGCUGGGUGGAUCUCUGAGGCUGCACAGCGAGCCCAGCCCGGGGACCUGGCGACACCGAGGUGACGGGUGGCCGUCCCCAGCGCCUCCUCCUCCGCCUUCCUUCACGCUAGGACUUGCACAACGUCUUUGGGGCCACUUUCCAAGCAGAGAGGUACGCAGGGAGCCCGGCGCUGGGUGCUGCCCGCGGGGCCAGCCCGGGCUCCGUGCCCGGUGGGGACACGGGGACAGCAGCAGCAUCAUUCUGUGCGGGACACGGGGACAGCAGCAUCAUUCUGUGCGGGACACGGCCCGCCCGCCCUCCUGGCACAGGGACCUGUCCUGCUCCUGGCACAGGGACCUGUCCUGCUGUUGGCACAGGGACCCGUCCUGCUCCUGGCACAGGGAUCUGUCCUGCUCCUGGCACAGGGACCUGUCCUGCUCCGCACAGGGCGGCCCGGGAGAACAGUGCCGCGAUCCGAGGGAUGGUUUUUUUAUUCUUACUUUAUUUACUUUGGUAUUGGCCGGGGUGGUGUUUUUAUUUUCCCUCCUCUUAGCGUCCUGGUUCGGGAGAGCCUGUGGUGACAAGAGCAGAGCCCCAGCGCGCAGGGACAGGAGGGAGGGGAGAGGGAACUCUGGUCCAUCCCUGCUGCAAAUCCCACAUCCCACCACGGACCCGGCCUGGCCACGCACAUACUGUUGCCUACGACUGUAGUUGCUGCAUUGAUUUUGUAUUUUCAUGGCUGAGUUUUGUUUUCUUGCACUUAUGGAGAACACAGGGGCCGUGAGGCGUUUGGAACAUGAGGAGUGCAGUGUCUUAUCCACACAUGUCCGUAUGGUGUACGGGUCAAAUUCUUCUUUUGGUAGAGACUUAUUUUUGUUUGGAUUAAAUGUUAUAACAGAACCACAGACCUAAAGGGACAUUUUACCAUGAGCAUUUGAUUCUGGUGUAUCCUCCUCCAGUAAAGCAACUAUUAAUGGCUGCUUGAUCACCACGUUUUCCUUUUUGUGUGCACAGUUAAUUACAGGUAAAGACUUAUUUUUGGAUUCAUAA